AUGGAUCGCCAGAAGAAAAGGGAGCUUCGCGAUCUGAAUGAGAGGGUCUGGGAAGGCGAAACUGAUGUAUUCCCUGUCAGCAAAUCCCUUGACUCGGCCCUGAAGAAGAACACGGCCUUCAUCAAACGCCUCCGGACGGGCAUCAGCGCUUCCGCCCUUUCUACCUUCCUCGCUGACAUUCGCACCCUCUCGCUCCACAAAUACCUGUCUGAGAUCAUUUCCGCCUGCUAUGAGGGUCUGUGCAAGCUCAAAUCUCCGGGGGAGAUUGCUGCUGGCGUGGAGAUCAUUUGCGCUUUGCACCAGCGAUUUGGGCCUGCGGAGUUCACCCAGCAGAUCGGAUGGCUCCUGGGACGCGGUAUGAGCUCUAUGGAUAAGGCCUCACUCAAGGCCCUCCCCCAGGAGAUGCGCGAGAGGGAGGAAAAGGAACGUCUGUCACGGCACCGGGUCCUUCUUCGUGUCGUCACAGAGCUGUGGCUUAUCGGUGUUCUCAGAACCUUGGAUGAUACCGAGCGGCCGGAGGAUGCACGGAAAGAUGCCGCCCCGGGCAAGCUUCCAGACCAGGUACCGAUGAGAGCUACGAGAUCCACCGCUGCACUGAAGGAACUGGAGAAACAGGCCGAACCUUUCCCUCUGGAAGUAUUAAAGGAUCUACUGGGAUACGACCGGGACCAUACAAACUUGCCGCUUGCAGUCCUGUUCGUCAAGAGCUUUAGCUGGGAUAUCCUUGGCACGAAGCUUGUGGAGGAGGGACGGAAGACGGUGGAAGUGGAUGGCGCGACGUCGAAAUCCACCGCGGAGCAAGACAAUCCGGAUGGCAGCACAGAAUCUGCCGCGGAGGCAGACCCGCCAUUGGUCCCAGAGAAGACGCAGCAGCGAUUCAGAAACAUUCUCACUCGCUACCUGGAUGACGUCAAGGCCCAUGUGGUUCGUGAUCAGAAGGCGCUGACAUCGCAGAGCCGCCGAAAUGCUGAGGCUUACGUCAAGAGUGGUGAAAUCUUCGAGGACCGGCAAUCGAACUUCGAGAAGCAGUCGAAGUCCCUGGAGAAGCUCGUGGCCAAUACUCAGGUCUUGUGUGAGGCUCUGGGUGCUGAGAUGCCCGACUUGGUCGAGAAGGAGACCACAGACGCUGGAGCUGGUGGCGGCAUUGGCCUGGUGAAAACCACCGAUUAUCUCCGUGGCCAAGGUGACGGUGCCGGCAUCUGGGAAGACGAGGAGGAAAGACGUUUCUACGAGAACUUGGUCGAUUUGAAGGGCAAAGUUCCCGCCGUGCUUCUCGAAGAUGGCAAGAAAAAGAAGGGCGAAGGUGAGGAGCCUGUCAAAAAGAAGACAGAAGGGGACGAGUCUCCCGCAGAGAAGGUUGAAUCUUCGGAGGAAAGAGCCGCAGCAGAUGCGGAUGACCAGUCGACGGCAAUCGCUAGCAAGACUGUCGGUGCCCAGGUGGAUGCUCUGCUCGGCAAGCUUCCCGAGCUUCAGACUAAAGACCAGGUCGACCAGUUUGCUUUGGACUUCUGCUUCGUCAACUCGAAGGCUUCUCGAAACAGGCUGGUAAAGGCUGUCUCUGAUAUCCCGAAGGGCCGGGUGGACCUUCUCCCAUUGUACUCGCGCUUGGUGGCUACUCUUGGACAAUACUUGCCGGACAUUCCCCAAGGUCUGACAAGCUAUCUCGAUGAAGAGUUCCGAAGUUUGCAGCGGCGAAAGUCGAAGGAAUUCCUCGGCCAGGUGCGUAUGAGCAAUGUGCGCUACCUGGCUGAAUUGACCAAAUUUGGCGUGGUUCCCGAGCACAUCAUCUUUCACUGUUUCAAAGUCUCCCUGGAUGACUUCUCGCGCAUGAAUAUCGAGAUCAUUGGUAACCUCCUUGAAAACUGUGGUCGCUACUUGCUUCGCAACCCCGAAACAUCACCCCGAAUGGCGUCUUUCUUGGAGACCCUAAGCCGGAAGAAGACUGUACAGCACUUGGCUCAACAAGAACGGAUGGUCAUUGAAAAUGCCAUCUACUAUGUUGAUCCGCCCCCACGACCGGCUAUUCAGCAGAAGGAGCGUACUCCGAUGGAGCAGUACAUCCGCCGGUUGCUUUAUCUGGACAUGAAUAAACGGAACUACACUAAGGUUCUGAAGACCAUCCGCAAGCUCCACUGGGAGGAACCAGAAGUUAUCGAUAUCCUGGAGCGUGUUUUCAGCAAACCAGUCAAAGUCAAGUACGGUAGCAUCCAUCUCCUGGCAAUACUUGUCAGCGCGCUGUACCGCUACCAUCAGGACUUUGUAAUUGGCAUCGUCGACAACGUUCUCGAGCAGAUCACUCUUGGCCUGGAACAGAAUGAUUUCAAGUUCAACCAGAAGCGCAUCGCUGAAGUCAAGUACCUGGGCGAGCUUUACAACUACAAGAUGAUUGAUUCCCCCGUCAUUUUUGACACGCUGUACCGCAUCAUCACGUUUGGUCACGAAGGCGGUACCCCCGUCCCUGGGAAGAUCAGUGCGCUGGACACCCCAGAUGACUUUUUCCGACUUCGUUUGGCGUGCACCCUGCUCGAAACCUGCGGCCACUGCUUCGAUCGCGGUUCGGCGAAGAAGAAGCUCGAUUUCUUCCUUACUUUCUUCCAGUACUAUCUGUUCACGAAGGACCCGCUGCCCAUGGAUGUCGAUUUCCUGGUCCAGGACACUUUCUCCAGCCUCCGGCCCCAGUGGAAGCUGGCGACCGAUCCUGAAGAGGCUACCCGCAUGUUCAGCGAGGCGGUUGCCCAGAAUUACAACGUGCCGGACUCCGAGAGACCCGCCGAGCUUGACGAGGAGGAUGCGGAGAGUAGUUCGUCCGACGAGGAACUAGAGGAGGAUGCCAUUCCUGAGAUUGAAGAUGAGCAGGAGUCCAGCGACGAAGCAGAGGCAUCCGGUCCGAACCUGGAGGCGAACGACGAAAGCGACUCCGAAGACGAGCAUAUCGUUGUCACGCGGCAGGAGGAGGAGCGCGACCCGGAGGCUGAGGCCGACUUUGACCGGGAAUUCGAAAAGAUGAUGGCCGAAAGCAUGGACUCGAGACGGUUUGAGCGCAAGGGAGUCUUUGACAUCCCCUUGCCUAUGAAACGGCCUCCACGCGAGAACGCUCCGACCGAGUCUUCAACUGAACCGGCUACACCGGAACCAAUGCCUGCUCGGACUAUGGCUUUCUCGCUUAUGACGAAGAAGGGCAACAAGCAACAGACUCGCACCAUCGAUCUUCCAUCCGAUUCCAGCUUUGCUGUUGCUAUGCGCAGUCAGCAACAAGCCGAUCGGGAAGAGCAGCAGCGUAUUAAGAGCCUGGUUCUGAACUACGAGGCCGCGAACGAACCCGAGACUGCCGAGACUUUUGAGAAGCGCAUCCCUCCUAAUCAGCGAGUGGACAAGUCCGGCGCGAAUCGUUCUGCAUUCCGGUCCCGCAAACUCCAGCUCAGUGAUGUGAACUGGUAA